AUGUGGACUCCUGUAGAACUCCCAUAUUUCUGCGAUACAGAUGGCUUGCCCGCCCCACUCCCUACUACAGAUGAGAUCAUGUCGUCCACGACACUCCUUAAAGAUCGCCUUGGACAGAAGAUGGCACGAGUUGGCCAGCACUUUGUUGUCAAAUAUGGCCAGAGCACAACUGAAGUUGAGGGGCACAAUCUUCUGUUUGUUGAGCAUAACUUGCACAAUAUUGUCCGCGCACCACGGCUCUAUGCCAUGUAUCGGGAUUUGGAUGAUAGAUUGUUCCUUGUUAUGGAGUUCCUCGAAGGAGAAUCUUUGGACGGGCUUUGGAAAGCGCUCUCGGAUGAUGAGAAGUCGCAUAUUAUGUCCAAGUUAAAGGACAUGUUUGACGGGAUGCACUCUCUACCUUCGCCUGGUUUCUACGGCAGCGUUGACAAAGGCUGUAUGCCUCAUCAUCUUUUCUACUCAUAUCCCGCGGACCAGAGUAUAUCUGGGCCUUUCCUUCAUGAAAACGAAGUGAACAACGCUAUAGCCGGCAAACUCCGCAGCAUCUUUACCUACAACAAAAAAUACAGUUACAAGUCCGAUUUCUACGAGCGCCACCUCUAUCGUGUACUCUCGGGCCACCGACCAGUCUUUUCUCACUCUGAUAUCUAUAGAAAAAAUAUCAUGAUUCACAAAACUGACAAACACACCCCAGAGAAGUGCGAUUAUAUUGUUGCACUGGUGGACUGGGAAUACGCAGGCUGGUAUCCAAGUUACUGGGACUAUGCGAUUUCAUUUACACACUUUUGUUGGGACGAUGAUUGGCCGGAAAAAUUUGAAAGCUUUUUAGAACCUUGGCUUGCUGAAGCAGCUCUAGUGAGAAUGUUCUACCAGGAAAUAUUCUUUUAG